ACAGGCAGCCUGGUAACUACAGCCCCUGUCCCAGAGCAGUGCCAGUCUUCAGGGACGAACUGGGACUGCACAGCUGUUUCAGCCUCCGUGGGCUGGGAUCGCUUUCGCCAUGCUGGAGGGUGCAGAGCUGUACUUCAAUGUGGACCAUGGCUACCUGGAGGGCCUGGUGCGAGGCUGCAAAGCCAGCCUUCUGACCCAGCAGGACUACAUCAACCUGGUCCAGUGUGAGACCCUAGAAGAUCUGAAAAUUCAUCUCCAAACCACUGAUUAUGGCAACUUCCUAGCUAAUCAAACAAAUCCUCUUACCGUUUCCAAAAUUGACAACGAAAUGAGAAAAAAGCUAUGUGGAGAAUUUGACUAUUUCCGGAAUCAUUCCUUGGAACCCCUCAGCACAUUUUUCACCUACAUGACGUGCAGUUACAUGAUAGACAAUGUGAUUCUACUGAUGAAUGGUGCAUUGCAAAAAAAGUCGGUGAAAGAAAUUCUGGUGAAGUGCCACCCACUAGGCCGUUUCACAGAGAUGGAGGCAGUCAACAUCGCGGAGACACCUUCAGAUCUCUUCCAUGCUGUUCUGGUUGAAACACCACUAGCUCCAUUCUUUCAAGACUGUAUGUCUGAAAAUACCCUAGACGAACUGAAUAUUGAAAUACUGCGUAAUAAAUUAUACAAGUCUUACCUUGAGGCCUUCUAUAAAUUCUGUAAGAAUCAUGGUGAUGUCACAGCAGAAGUUAUGUGUCCCAUUCUUGAGUUUGAGGCUGACAGACGUGCUUUUAUCAUCACUCUCAACUCCUUUGGCACUGAAUUGAGCAAAGAAGACCGGGAGACCCUCUACCCAGCCUGUGGCAAGCUCUAUCCUGAGGGGUUGCGCCUAUUGGCUCAAGCAGAAGACUUUGACCAGAUGAAGAGAGUGGCAGAGAAUUAUGGAGUAUACAAGCCUCUGUUUGAGGCUGUCGGUGGCAAUGCAGGAAAGACAUUGGAAGACGUGUUUUAUGAGCAUGAGGUACAAAUGAAUGUAUUGGCAUUCAACAGGCAAUUCCACUACGGCGUGUUUUACGCAUACGUAAAGCUAAAGGAACAAGAAAUGAGAAACAUUGUGUGGAUAGCCGAGUGCAUUUCACAGAGACAUCGAACGAAAAUCAACAGUUACAUUCCAAUUUUAUAAUGCAGUGGAGGGGGUCAGAUGCAGAAAAUUAUAAAUAAUGAAAGGAAGUUAUUGAGGAAAAUAAAAAGUAUUGUGCUAUUUUAUCUAGGUUAUGCAAAUAAGGCUACAGCUUCAAGAAUUGCAGAGUCACUGGGAACACCUUACACCAACGCUGAAACAAAGCAUUUCUAUUUUCAGAUUCCUUAAAUCUUGUUUCUACAUUUAUGUCUCAUUCUUCACUGGGUCUUAAAUGGUCAUUUUUAAUAAACCCUCUGGCACUUUUUCUAUUCAUGUUGGAUCAUGUUAAAAAUUAGACCUAAUAAAAGAAUUUUCUUCUU